AUGAGACUCGUCACCGAAGCACCAGAGGCCUUUGACUUCAUCGUCUCCCCGACUAACACCACCAACACCACAGGCGGCACAGCCGGCUGCGCAGUAGCCGGCCGUCUAGCCGAGAACCCCAAGCUCUCCACCCUCGUGAUCGAAGCCGGCAUCGGUAACCCGGGCUCCGUUGCCGCCAUCACGACGCCGGCGCGCGCCUUCGAGCUGCGCGGCGGCCGGCACGACUGGUGCUACAAGACCGGUAUGAUCGACCGCGAGGAAUACACGCGCGUCGAGAAGCCCAACACGCGCGGCAAGGUGCUGGGCGGCAGCUCGUGCCUGAAUUAUUACACGUGGAUCCCCGGCAGCAAGGGCACGUUUGACGAUUGGGAGGCGUUUGGUGGCCGGAGUGGAACUGGAAGGGUUGCAGGGAAUAUCUUCACAAGGUAUGUUGGCAGUGACGCCCUUGGUUUUCCCCUUUCGUCUUCGCUGCUGGAUUCCGCGCCGGCGACCUACCUUGACGAUCCCAAGGUCUACAAGCAGGAGCUAAAGUACAUCGGCGCCGACGGGCCCGUCAAGGUCUCGCACUCGAACCUGCUCCCCGAGACUGCAGAGUUCCGCGCCGCGCUCUAG